ACUCUGAUCUUAAGUCAAGUAAAAUAAAUCAGAAUACAAAAGAGGAUUGUAUAACACGAAAAUUUGAAAAACAGGUGGAUUAAAAUGAGCGAAGCCAAGAAACCGAAAAAAAAGAUUGCCUUCGCGGAGUCGACCGGCGAUAUGUCGAAGGACAGAACCAACACCAGAGUUUAUAGAAAGUCCAUUAUGCCGAAUUUAAGAGAAAGUUUCAUGAUGGCGGGAUUGGGGCGCGAAUCAUCGGCUCAUUUGUUUGGCCCAAGUAUGAUGGAAUCUCGAAGAUUCACCAGUCGGCGAAGUACUAUGUAUUUAACGCCCCGCUUUCAAAACACCUAUCAACUGGAAUCCCGUUACCCAUUCAACCGGGAGCGGGCUCAAACCAUGAUGAACCACUACAUGCAGGUGUUUCUGGAUGGGUUCCACUACAAUCCGAAGCGAGCCCGGCGGUCGGCCGAAAACCUUAGCGCAUCGCUGCGGGAUCUCAUCAAACAGUGCCACUUCGAACGGUACCGGGUGGUGUCCUACGUAACGAUUGGCGAUAAGAUGGGCCAAAGUUUCAAAAGUGCCUUUCGUAACGUUUGGGACCCCGAGAAGGACGGCAUUGUUACUUAUUCGCACGAUGCGCCGAGCUUUUUCCUAGUUGCGUUUGUCUGCGCUAUCUAUUAUGAGUGAAAUUUUCGGUUUAACGUUUAAAAUUGCUCAGUAUAUAUAUUUUUUAAUGAAACCGUUUAUUAAUUAGAUAAAAAUAAUUUAAACAAAUCGUCAA